AUCUCAUCUUCCAUACAAUAUUAAAACCAUCAUUAUGGGGGAAACUUUCCGUGCUAUGCUUGUGCUAGUUGUUGUAUUGUUCUCUGGAGCUGCAGAGUUUUGUUCUGGUUGGAACACGAGCUUUAGCCGUAUAGAAAGGGAGAGAGAAGCCCUCUUGAAGUUCAAACUUUGUUUCCAUGAUCCAUCGCAUAUGUUAUCUUCUUGGAAAGGCAAUAAUUGUUGUGAAUGGAGAGGAGUCGACUGUGACAAAAAUAAUGGAUAUGUUAUCUCUCUUCAACUCAGGGGAUCAAUAUCUGAUCAAUUUCUUCAGUACUCUAUUGAUGAUCAACAAUCUCAUCAAUUGUACAUAAUUGAUGAUGUAGAGAAGGUUGUUUCAAGUUUGCUCAAGCUAAGAUACUUGGAACACCUGGACUUGAGCAGAAAUAAUUUCGGUGGUAAUCUUAUUCCACCCUCCUUUGGCUUGAUGAAGCAGCUGAGGUACCUAAAUCUCUCUUAUGCACAGUUCACAGGAAGAAUUCCUAGUGAACUUGGAAAUCUUACAAGAGUUCGUGUUCUUGAUCUUUCUCAAUAUUAUUAUGGGAGAUUGAAGGUUGAUGAUGACAUUCAUCUCUAUGGGGAACUACAUAUUGCCUUGAAAAAGUUCACUUCUUUGGUGAUUUUGGAUUUGGGCGAAAAUAAAUUUUCUGGAAAUCUAACAAGCAUUGUAAGCGGCAAGAUUAGAAACCAUUCUUUAAAAGUUCUUCGACUACGAAAAAAUUUGGUUUCCGGUUAUAUUCCUUUAGAACUGUGCUCUCUCUCUCACUUGCAAAUUCUGGAUCUUGCAAAUAACAAUAUGACAGGAAGGAUUCCUCCUUGUUUUGGAAAGUUUCCAAUUAUGGUGAAUGCAACACAAUUGUUCAACAAAGUGAUCGAGAAAUACUGGUAUCGGUCACAUUUGAUGGUAGUUGUGAAAGGGAGAAACCUUGAGUAUACAAGAAAACCCCUAAGACUCGAGAGCAGUAUAGAUCUUUCGAGUAAUAAUCUAAUAGAAUCCAUACCAGAGGAGCUAAUUUUCCUUAAAGAUUUGCACAAUUUGAAUCUGUCUUGGAAUCAUCUAUCAGGAAAGAUCCCUGAGAAAAUUGGACAAAUGGAGAAUUUGGAAUCUCUCGAUUUCUCCCAGAAUGGCCUCUCAGGAACUAUCCCAAAGAGCAUGUCAAGUUUAACCAAGCUAAGCUACCUCAACUUAUCCUACAACAACUUGUCAGGGCCAAUUCCAACAGGCCAUCAGCUUCAAACACUCGAAGAUCCAACCAUUUACAUUGGCAAUCCUCAACUCUGUGGAGCUCCACCCCUGAAGAAAUGCUCAAAUGAUGCUUUGCCUCCAACAACCACCAACUUCAAGGACAACGAUGAUAGUGCACUUAAAAGAAUGUGGUUUUACAUUGUUGUGGUAUCAGGCUUUGCAACUGGAUUCUGGGGGGUCGUGGCAACUUUGAUUUUUGUAAAAAGCUGGAGAUAUGCUUAUUUUCAACGGGUGGAUAAUAUCAAACACUGGAUCCUUGUGGUUAUUACAUUGAAGGUGGCACAAUUCAAGAAGAUGUUUAAUGGCAACCCAUAUGAUUAGUGAGUUAUACAUGGAGUAUGUUGUUGUUGCUACAUUUGUUACUAAACCAGUUAGACAACCCUACAUUGUAGGGUGUGGUGUUGGGUCUAACUUUGAAUGAGCCAACAUUGAAUGAGCCAAUUUUAAAUGAACACAUAAGUAUUAGGUUUGUAAAGUUUUCAAUAAUAUAACAUAGGUUGUAGU